AUGGGCACAACACCAGCAAACAACGUGAAAGAUCUGAACGACAUGUGUCUUCGCCUGAUGCAAUUCAUUGAUGCUCGACUUGACAAGUCGAAGUUUUUAGUUUACAUUACGCAAGUCGUCGGCCUACUGUUACGAGUUCCGCUUCUCGAACCAAACAAUAGCUUACGGGAUCUCGAUGCCUUUCAGCCGCUACUUCGAAACGACCAACUCAUGUCGUCUUUGUCGGCUGAGGACAAAGCACUUCUCGGGAAUGUUCUUAUUCAAACGCCUGCCUAUAACAAAUCUCUAAAGACAAAGUACAAGGAGGCGUACCUUCCGGCAAUAGAGGGGACCGACAAAGAAGUACUAAGCUCGAUUCGAGAAGACCCGCAACGGUAUCAACUACCUCUUGCUGCAGAUGACGAGCAGACACCAUUUCCCGCACCAACACUCAUUCUGUGUGGUCGACAGGACGAGGUUGUGGGCUACCGAGACAGCCUGCGCCUACUAGAACUCUACCCACGAUCGACGUUUGUUGUUCUCGACCGUGGCACACAUGCUCUGCCUGUCGAUGAGAAUGAACUCUUUGAAGCACUCGUUCAUAACUGGUUGACUCGUGUUCACGAGUGGCGCGGAUGA